AUGUCUGAUGUUAAAUCAAAACUCUGUCCCUCCCUCUCUCCUCCAGAACUCCAUCCGCCACAAUCUAUCCCUCCACAGUCGUUUUGUUCGUGUGCAGAACGAGGGGACAGGGAAGAGCUCCUGGUGGAUGCUGAAUCCAGAGGGAGGGAAGAGCGGGAAGUCCCCCCGACGUAGAGCUGCCUCAAUGGACAACAACAGCAAGUUCACCAAGAGCAGAGGACGGGCUGCCAAGAAGAAGGUAGGAAGGAGCAGAACAGAACAUACACUGUCUAUCAUUAGCUUUAUUUCAGCACCUCUACAGUGUUUGUUUGUCAAUAUGGAAAAGUGAAUAGGCUUGGGGCUCAUCACUUAGACCAUUAUAGGUUAAUCUGAGAUGCCAUGAAGUGCUGAAACUAAAGCAAUCUCUACUUUUACCUACUGUGCAGAGUUGUUCUGCAUAUCUGUCAGCCUUGUGUCAGUGGACUGUCCACCUGUGUACCUUUGUCUACCUGAGCUCACCUCUGUCCGUCUCCCGUCUCCCCAGGUGGCUCUCCAGGGCGGGGUAGUUGGGGGUGCAGACAGCCCGGGAGGCUCCCAGUACUCCAAGUGGCUCGGCAGCCCCAACUCUCACAGCCACAGCAACGAUGACUUCGAGGCCUGGACUACCUUCCGGACACGCGCCUCCUCCGACGCCUCCACCCUCUCCGGCCGUCGCUCUCCCUUCCUGGAACAGGACGUCGACCUAUCAGAGGCUGACGUCCACAUGGGCUACCCUGGAGUGGUGGGGCCUAAGAUUACCUCCAUGGCCACCCUGCCCAGCCUAUCAGAGGUGGGCCUGGCCAGCUCCAUGGGUGGUCAUCAUCACGGUCACCACGGAACAGAGAAUGUCAUGGACAGUCUCCUUGACAACCUCAACCUGCUGUCCCCCAAGAAUCAAGCCCAGCUGGUGGUAUGUGGCGGGCCUGGGUCUGGGCUCGACUCCUCCCAGUCCUCCCCCUCCUCCAUGCUUCAGAACAGUCCCUAUAGCUCCCCCUCCAUGAACCCCCAACCCCAACAGCAGGACUACAGGAAGUGCCUCUAUGGCCAGGCCGGGCCAGGGAUGAACAGCCUGCAUCUCUCCCCCAUCCCCAGGCAGACGCUGCCAGAGAGCAAGCCUCCAGGGUCCUUUGCACCCUUCCGGAGCCAUUACAACUGCCCCGCUGGGCUCCUAAAGGAGCUGCUGACCUCUGACGUAGCAGAUCCCCAUGGUGGGGGUGGUGGUGGUGGGGAGGCCAUGCCCACCAUGGAGACUGUAGUGUCCCAGUCUGGGAGAGGAGGAGGAGGGCGGAUGCUGCCCAACUACAGCAGCCAGGGGCAGGUGGGACAGGUGGGGGGGCACGGAGAGGUGAAGAUGAUGAGUCCCCCUCCUCACCAACACCCACAACACCCUCAGUCCCAUCCUCACCAACCACACCCUCACCCUCACCUGCGGCCUCUCCACAGCCAGGGCCAGGGCCGGGGCCAGGGCCAGGGCCCUCCCCCCUCUGGGCCCUCCAUGAACGGCUGUGGCCUGAUUCCCCUGACCUGCCUGAGCCAGGCUGGGGGCCCAGCCCGUCUAGCCAGCCUCAGGACACACAUCCACCAGCUACAGCAGCAGCCCCACAGUGGUGGUGGUCACCCAGUCUCAGGCCACCACAACCACAGUCCCCACCACAGCGGAGCUCUUCCACCCAGCUACGGCAGCAGUGCUAAUCGUUAUGGGAGGCCAGGUCCAGGUCACAGCUCUGCUCAUCCCCAGUCCCACCAUCACCAUCACCACCAUCAUCAUCAGGAGAGGCUGCCUAGUGAUCUAGACGACAUGUCCAUCGAAAGGUUUGAGUGUGACAUGGAGUCUGUUCUUCACGAUACGCUGAUGGACGGAGACUCGCUGGACUUCAACUUUGACCCCAUGGUGACCACCCAGGGGUUCAGUCAGGGGGUUGGGGUGAAGACCACCACACACAGCUGGGUGUCUGGCUAG